CAAAUUCGGUGACUGGCGGUGCCUUCCAGUCUUCCACAACCGACACAAUAACAUCACCAAACAAUUAAUUUUCACCUUACUCCCAACUUUGCACCACACUCAUUGAUCACAUCCUCAACUCCCAAAGUGGCAAUACAGGAGAGCGCUGCACACAAGAAGCAUUGGUCAGCAGACAAUGCACCUAAGAAUUUGUUCUACGGCGGUGGCUAUCAAGAAACAGAAGCUGUGAGUGAUUGCUGGUAAUGGUAAUGGAAGUUACAAAUCCACUGAAGAAAACUACAUGGGUUAUUCCUCUAGUCUUAACCUCUUCGGUCAUCAUCUUCUUCUUGACACUCUUAUCUGCAAAUACAUUUCAAGGGAACCUGGCAAAGACCGGUAAGGCUCCGGACUUGGUCGAACCCAAGCUGCGCCCAUCCGACACCCCGCCCAGCCCGAGAAUACCCAGACUGGCCUACUUGAUCUCUGGAUCAAAUGGGGAUGGGGAGAGGUUGAAGAGGACAUUGAAGGCUCUUUAUCACCCACUGAACCAGUAUGUGCUUCACCUGGAUUUGGAAGCACCUGCUGAGGAGAGGGUGGAGCUGGUGAGGUUUGUAAGGAGUGAGGCUUUGUUUGUGGAGGUUGGGAAUGUGAGAGUUAUUGAAAAAUCUAACUUGGUCACUUACAGAGGCCCUACUAUGGUCACUAACACUCUUCAUGCUGCUGCUGUUUUGCUUAAACAUGGAGGUGAUUGGGAUUGGUUUAUCAAUUUGAGUGCCUCUGAUUACCCUUUGGUCACUCAAGAUGAUAUGCUUCACACUCUGUCUACCAUUCCAAGGGAUCUUAAUUUUAUCGACCAUACCAGUGACAUGGGAUGGAAGGAGGAAUAUAGAGCCAAGCCUUUAAUAGUUGAUCCAGCUUUCUAUAGCCAGAACAAAUCAGAUCUCAUCUGGCUCACAGAAAAAAGAAGUGUGCCAUCUGCCUAUAAACUUUUCCAAGGCUCUGCUUGGAUGAUGCUAUCUCGACCGUUUGUAGAAUACUGUAUUUGGGGGUGGGACAACCUCCCAAGGAUAUUGUUGAUGUAUUACGCCAACUUUGUUUCGUCUCCUGAAGGGUAUUUCCAUACUGUGAUAUGCAACGCAGACAAAUUCAAGAACACCACUGUGAACCAUGACCUGCAUUUCAUAUCAUGGGACAACCCCCCGCAACAGCACCCCCAUUACAUCACUUCCGACGACUACCCGAAAAUGGUGGAGAGCAAUGCACCAUUUGCCAGAAAGUUUGACAGGAAUGGCACACUGCUUGAUCAGAUUGACUCCGAAUUUCUGGGUCGCAAACCUGGUGGUUAUGUGCCUGGUAGUUGGUUUGAUGGAGGGGAUGCAAAUACAAAUGCCUCAGUUUACACUACUGCAAAUAUAACGUUGUUGAGACCUGGGCCGGGUGCCAAGAGGCUCAAGAAUCUCAUAUCCGCGCUGUUGACUGAUAACAAGCACUGCAUCUAGUGCCAGACAGAAGUAAGUUUAUAAAGGACUAUAGGCUUACUCUUCGUUGAGCAUUGUAUUGCUUUGAGAAUUGAUUUAUGCCCGAAAAAGGCACUGAUGAAAUAAUCAUGGCCUGGUUCAUGACCACACUUCUAGGAAGGAUAAAGUAGGCACAGAAAUAUGUAUAAGCUUUUUUUAAUAUCUUCCUACAAAAGAGCUAAUGUAAACGGAUUUUUUCGUUUAACAUUGCUGUUAUAUGUUACAGUACAGACUGUAUCAGUAAAUAUACACUCCCUCCGUUUCAGUUUCUUUGACACAGUUUGACUUGUCAAGAAUUAAGGAAUUUUUUUUUACUGAGGGGUAAAUUUUACGGAAGAGUACAAUGUAUGAACACUUUUUGGCACUGUUUGAACACUGUUUGACACUGUUUGGCACUGUUUUUCACUGUUUUGUUAAAGAUUUGUUUACUAAAUAAGGAAAUAAGGAAGUGUGUUAAUCUUUUUGAAACAACCAAAAAAGGAAAGUGUGUCAAAGAAACUGAAACGGAGGGAGUAUAUAUCUACUUUGUGUUGGAAAAUAAAAGGUUAGAAAUUCAAUUUUGUUUACUAAUAAAAUUACCAAACAGGCCUUUAAAGGAAGGUAAGAUGGCAUCUAUUCUGUGAGAUGUCUUUGUGUUGGCUUCAUUGUGAUGAUAUUUUGCAUACACAUUGAUUAUGAACAGCAUUGGGAAAUCCUUUGAUUGCAAUCUUCUACAUACAUUUCUCAUAUAAUAAAUGCUUCUGUCUGUGCCUCAGGAAUGAGUCCACUCUCUUCAAUUAUAAUAAUGUUAGAUUAGAUGGAUUCAGUUGUGCAUAAUGGGCUAUUAUUAUAUAUGGGCCCAAUUCUGUAUGUGUUAUAGUUAGGGGUGGAUCUGGUACCUUUCUGGUUGGUACCAUUCUGUGUAAUAAAGUAACAAGUAGAACCAGAACUUUAACCUGGUGUAUUGGUUCUGAUUAAUUGGUCAACUCUGGUUUUGACUUUUUAAUCUAUUUUUUAAAAAAUAAGGAAGC